AUGUGGGACUUCUGGGUCACUCUGAUGGACAUGGUGGAGGCUGGAGCCAACAUGAGUACCUCCAGAUCAUCAGUUACUCGAUGUAAACCAGGAGCCAACUGCCCCAGUUCACACAGUGGCAUCAGUAGGCAACUGUCCCCUCUUUCUGUCACCGAAGAUUCUUCUGCUCCUAUUCUUGAACUUCAGAGCCGAGGAUCUUCUGGAGUUUGCGGACAUAGAGUCGAAAGGCAGAACAGAUCAGGGGAUGAUGGAACACAGACUCAUCCUGAGAACAGCAGCCAAGAAAACAGAAUCAAGGCUCGCUGCCGGUCAUGCACGUCCAUGGUUCUGAAGGCCGUCUGGGGACUUUUGAUCAUCUUGUCAGUCUCAUCGUCUUGGGUUGGAACCACACAGAUUGUAAAAAUUACUUACAAGAACUUCUACUGUCCAUUUUUCAUGACUUGGUUUUCAACAAACUGGAACAUUAUGUUUUUCCCAGUCUACUAUUCUGGUCAUCUGGCCACUGCUCAAGAAAAGCAGUCUCCAAUGAAAAAAUUCAGUGCAGGUAGAGUGAACUUGACCAUUUCUGAAGCCGAAUCAAAGAGCUUUUAUUGUCAAGCAGAAAACAUUGUCUUUGAAGAGAAUAUUCUCCAGAGGGCCCCUCCGUAUGAGAGGGAAUGCAGUCGGAUUUUUGGUGAAGAUGGUCUGACAUUGAAGCUCUUCCUUAAAAGAACUGCUCCCUUUUCUAUUCUAUGGACUUUGACUAAUUACCUGUAUUUACUGGCUUUAAAGAAGUUGACAGCCACGGAUGUCUCUGCUCUGUUCUGUUGUAACAAAGCCUUUGUCUUCUUGCUGUCGUGGAUCGUGCUGAAAGACAGGUUCAUGGGAGUGAGGAUAGUUGCCGCAAUAAUGGCCAUUACCGGCAUCGUCAUGAUGGCAUAUGCAGAUAAUUUCCACACUGAUUCGAUCAUAGGAGUGGCCUUUGCAGUGGGUUCAGCCUCUACGUCUGCAUUAUACAAGGUUUUGUUUAAGAUGUUUCUCGGAAGUGCCAACUUUGGUGAAGCGGCACACUUUGUCUCCACGUUGGGUUUCUUCAAUUUAAUCUUCAUCUCUUUCACCCCGGUCGUCCUGUAUUUCACCAAGGUGGAACACUGGUCCUCAUUUGCAGCUCUGCCGUGGGGCUAUCUCUGUGGGAUGGCCGGGCUGUGGCUGGCCUUCAACAUCCUGGUGAAUGUCGGCGUGGUGCUGACAUACCCAAUCCUGAUCUCCAUUGGGACAGUGCUCAGCGUUCCUGGAAAUGCAGCUGUGGAUCUCCUGAAGCAGGAGGUGAUAUUCAGUGUUGUCCGCCUGGCCGCUACGAUCAUCAUCUGCAUUGGGUUUCUGCUGAUGCUCUUGCCAGAGGAGUGGGAUGAAAUUACCCUCAGAUUCAUCAAUAGCCUGAAGGAAAAGAAGAGCGAGGAGCAUGUGGACGACAUUACUGAUUCCAAUGUACAUCUGCGGAGCAGAAGCAGGGCCAAUGGGACAGUGUCUAUACCACUGGCUUAA